UAGAAAGCUGUUCUAAAAAAUUUGUUUAUAAUAAUUAAUUUAAAUUUUUCUAAUACACUUUAUAUUAAAAAUUUUAAUUUUAUCAUAAAAAUGAUUUAGUAAUAAACUUUGUAAAUAAAUAAGCAUAUACUUUGUGAAAGCGUGUAAUCCCAAGCAUACUUGGAGUGGUAAAUAAAUCAGCUGAUGUAUGUGACAAGUCAUAAAAGAAAUUUACAUUUCAAAAAUUUUUCAUAAUUAAAAUGGUGAGACUAGUAUAUGCAGAAGAGUGUCUUUUAAAUUAUUUAGAAUCAUUAGCACAAUCGGAUGCUUACACUGUGGGGUUAAUUUUAGGACAGAGUACUCCAGAUAAAGAUUAUGUGAUACAUUUGGCAAGAACUCCGCCUCCAGCAUCAAAAGAUGUCAUUGAAGAACCUUUAAUUGGUUCCCAAACGAGUACCCAACACGAAUUAUCACCUAAAUUCAUCAAAUCUAUCAAUGAUGUACCUGGAAGUUGGGUUGCUGAUCAUGCAAAGCAUGUUACACGAAUGCUUCCAGGAGGAAUGUGGAUAUUGGGGAUAUUUAUCAUCGGACCAGAAGAUUGUUUAAAUAACAAUGAUUCCACACAAAGACUGAAGUCAAUUAUCACAAUGAUUCAUAGGAAUGUAGAAUCUGAUCCAUAUUUAUUUGGAACCAAUCCUCAUGACAGUAUCAUUCUUGCAUUUAACAGUAGAACAAAAAAAUUUUCCAGUAAAUCAUUUAAUGAUAAAGAGAACGGAAUAUUGAAACCAACAGAAUGGAAGUUUCAGCCAAAACCAACAAAAUGGUAUCAAUUAGAUACUCACGUAGAUUUUGAUCAAAUAUUUCCAAUAAUAAAAAGUUUACAAUCAGAAAAUCUAAAACAGCAGUUUCAAAAUAUUUUAGAAGAUGUUUCAAAUAAAAUAGAAUCAGGAAUUGUUGUGAUAGAAAACGAACCAAUGGCUCAAAGUGAUGCAAUUGAUAUUUUGGGAGAGAAAAAGAAGAAGGAUAAAAAAGAAUCAAAAAGUAGUGAUUCUACUUCCAAUAGUAGAGCAUUAAAAGCUGUCAUUUACAUUCCAAGUACGCCUAUUAAAUCAUCAAGCUCGCACAUUAAGCGUGAACAUUUCAGUGCCUCAAUACGACUGUUAGGUCAGUUAUCAAGCAGAACUUUUGUUCAUCAAUCAUCAACAAUUGGAGAUGCUACAAAUGCAAUUAAGCAAGAUAUCAUGAGAUCGAUGGCUAGUAGGCUUGAAAUGCAUUGGGAUAGUUUAAUUGAAGAAGAAAAUGCACUUCCAGAAGAUAAUAUAACUCUUCAUGAGCCACCAAGGCGAGUCUUAGUUGCACUGCCAAAAAGUAAAAUAACUUUAUCGGACUAUCUUUUUCCUGGAGAAGGUCCUCAGGAAGCUCUGAUUUCUCUUCAAGAGCUUCUAGACUUAGAAGUACAAGAAAGUAGUGUUCAGAAAGAGUUUGAACUUCAAGCAGAUCCUUCAGAAUUUUAUUGUCAAAAUGACAUAAUAACAGAGCCAACUGAACAGAAAAAAUUAAAAGAAAAUAACAAAUUAUUUUUAUAUAUCUCAGGUAUUGGUGUAGCAAUAAUUAUCGUAAUUAUCGCAAUUUUAAUACGUUAUUUAUAUUAAUUUAUCUGUAAUUUGAUGUAAUAUUCAAAUUCAAAUAAAAUAAAAUAAUGAUUUUAUAUUGUUCAAAUUAUAAAUAAUAAUUCACGGUGGAGACAAGUGAAACAAAAAUUG